GUAGUUGUCUUGUAUGGAGAAACUGAUUCCCUCAUCGGACCUAUCAAAGGCCGAUAUGCAAUUGGAUGUGUUUCGAGGGAAACAAGGACUUUUUGGGAGAAAGCAAUCAUUGGACACUUACUCGACAUGAACACCUGCAAACUGGUGGAUUCAAUUUGGAGAUGAAACUCUGGAGCUUCAAAGCUUUGCUGUUAAAAUAUUGAAUCUAACAUGUUCGGCAUCAGCUUGUGAGCGUAACUGGAGCAUGUUCAAUCAGGUAUUAAACUUUUACUUUAACAAAUUAGGUAUUAAUUUAGUUUAGAUUUAAGUUUUCAUAAUUACUUAUAUUAAUAUACAUAAUUUUAUAGGUGCACACGAAGAGAAGGAAUAAACUACUCACUUCGAGGUUGAAUUCCUUAGUCUACGUCAUGUACAAUAAGAAGUUGAGAGGCUGACAUUGGAAAAAGCAGGUUAAGGGUGAUGUAGACCCCUUGGAAGUAGAGCAUUUGUCCUAUGAUGAUGAAUGGUAUGGUGGACAACAAUGAGACUCAAGACAAUGAGACUCAAGACAAUGAGUCGAGUGGCAACAAUACCUCACCCAUGAGUGAUGGAGAAUUCCAAGACCUUCUUGAUAAUAUGCCGGUGCCGCAAAUUGAGAAGGGAACUUCAAGUCGUAGGCCUCGUGGCCGUGGAAGUAACAAAAGAAAGAAAAAGAGCACAAGUAACAAAGGUAAAGGUCGUAUGAGUUUGAUUGACGAGGAGGAGGAUGAAUGGGAGGAUGAGGACGAUGAAGAGGAGGAAGAAUGGGAGGAAUAGGAUGAUGGCAAUGAUGAGUAGAUCACUAUGAUAUUUAAGUAUUUAGGAUUUUAA